UUAUGAUGUUGUUGAAUAAUUUUAUCCAACAGAAUGGAGGUUGAAUCAAACUCAUCUACAAAUAUAUAAAGGCAUUAUUAUUCAAAUAUAAUAAUGUUAUCUAUAUGAAUAAGAUCAAUCGACAAUAUUUAAUCAUAGGCAUUCAUGAUGUUAUUUAAAAUAUAUAUUUACAAAAGAGAUUAAUAUUAUAAAUGGGACUGUGUCUCUCAAAGUAGGAAGCAGAAUAGCAUACAACGUUAUCAUAGGAAAAAUUCUAAUAAGAGGAUGAACUUGAUGGGAUUCAGGUUGAACAGAUUAGAUUAAGUGAUGAGGAGAAAUUUCUUAAAGUUCUUGGAAGAGGUGGUUAUGGAAAGGUAGUCUUAGUUAAUCACAAGGGUCAAUCUAAAUUAUAUGCUAUGAAAAUUUUAAGAAAAGAUCUUAUACAAUAAAUGAAUUCUCGAAUUUAUAUGGAAACAGAGAGAAAUAUCUUGGCUUUGGUUAAGUGUCCUUUUAUAGUGAAUUUAUAUUAUGCAUUCUAAACAAAACAGAAAUUGUAUUUUGUUAUUGAUUUCAUGAUAGGAGGAGAGCUAUUUUACCAUUUGAAGAGAAUAGGCAAAAUGGAAGAAUCAUGGGCCAAAUUCUAUUGUGCUGAAAUCAUCCUGGCUAUAGAAUAUCUCCAUAGUUAGAAUAUUAUCUAUAGAGACUUAAAGCCUGAAAAUAUAUUGUUGGAUCAAGAAGGACACAUCAAAGUCACUGAUUUCGGUCUCUGCAAAGUUGAUAUUAAAGAGGGAGAUUUCACUACUACUAUUUGUGGGACCUAUGAUUACAUGGCUCCAGAAAUAUAUUUGAAAAAAGGUCACAACCAAAGUGCUGAUUGGUAUUCCUUAGGAAUCCUGUUGUAUGUGAUGUUGCAAGGCAUCCCACCUUUCUAUUCCCAGAAUAAAAGAUAAAUGAUUCGUAGUAGAUUGGAGAGACAAAUUGAAAUCAAGACUCCCAUCUCAGAGGAAGCAACAGAUCUUAUUAAACAAUUAUUAAAGAAUAAUCCCAAAGAUAGAUUAGGAUCGGAUGGAUCUAAUGAGGUGAAAUCGCAUCCAUUCUUCAAUGGAAUUGAUUGGAAUGAUGUUAUGGAUAAGAAGGUUGCACCUCCAUUCAAACCUAAAUUGUUUGGAGAUCGAGAUCUUAGAAAUUUUGACGUUACAUUUACAUAGGAGGCUGUGUAAGACACUCCUAUGCAAUCUAUGAUUCAAGAGGAGAACUACGAAAAGUUUUCUUAUCAAGAACCAGAAUUGUUUGUGACUAUGAAUGAAGGUUUCUCGCUUAAUAAAUGA